UGCGGGGAGCGGGGUUAACCCGCGGCCGCGCCCAGCCGGAAGGAACCCGGAAGUGGAAGAAGUCAGCGUUGCGCACCGCGAAGCCGAGCAGCGGAGGAGAGGUUUACGGCAAAAAUGGUUUCUGCAAAGCAGCUGGCUGACUUUGGCUACAAGACAUUUUCGGGCUCUAUGAUGCUCCUUACUCUAUAUGGUGGCUUCCUCCUUAGUGUUGGUGUGUAUCAGGCAUUUCAGAGAAAUAAGCAACUGAAGGCGCAAGGGACAAAUGCUGAUGAUACUAAGCACUGAACACUUUCUCAACACCUCAUAGGAUGUGUAACGAAUGAAAGACUGGUGUGGUUCUAUCAGAAACUUCUGUUCCGGGAUCUUCUGCCAUACAGAAUGGGAAUUUUGAAUUGUGUUGAAAAAGUAGAAAUAUCUGUAAUGAUAUAGUCAUCAGAUUCUCACAUGCAGUUUUUCUCCUUGUUCCUACAAUAGAAACUGGUGAAGCAACUAUUAAAAGAUUUAUUUACAGAUAAUUUAUUAUAUGUUGUCAUUUCUUUCUGGCCUUUAAAACAAUGUCUGUAUCUCAUCUCAAACAUGUUAUUCAGUGCAAAUAACUUGUUUCUUCUGACAUAGGAAACAGUCUAAGUGGCUCUUGGAAGAUUUCUUUCAAAAAUAAAAUGUGUAUUUCUUGGA